AUGGCUCCACCCAAUCUGGUCUUCGCCACCAAGAAAGCCCAGCUGCGCGACAGGCUCAAGCGGCAGAUCCACCAGAAGCAGAAAGAGCUACGCGACCUCGAAAUUGCUCUCGGGAAGCUCGACCACAACCCGCAGCAGAGCAACGCCAAAGCCAUGCAAGCCCCGCCGCCGCCGCCGCUGCGACCCGGCACCGCGCCCGCAACCGUCCUGGCCUCGAACCAGAUCCCGCUCACCCUCAACCUCACGCCGCACAACCUGUCCACCCUCCUCCUGCCGCAGCUCCGCGCCUGCAGGUUCGUCUUCACCAACCGCUUCCACAUCCUGCAGCGGCAGGACAUCGUGUACGCGCAGAUCGAGGAGCUGCUGAAGGCGAUCGUGCGGAAGGCGAGCAAGAGCGCCGACGAAGAAGAAGAAGAAGAAGAAGAAGAAGAAGAACGGACGAACGGGCGGCGGAAGAAGAAAAGAAGCGCGACGGCGGGGAUCGAGGCUGGGGAUAUGGAUAUGCCGCUGCUGCUGCGCGUCGAGGAGUACACGGACGAGGAGCUGGAGCCGCUGGCGCGGUUGAAGGGGAAGAUUGAGUGCGACCAUGAGGCUUUGAGGGAGUUGCAGAGGAGGGGAAAGGGGUGGGCGGGCGUGUUGGAGGAGGUGAAGGCGGGGCUGGAGCGGUUGUUGGGGAUGGUGGGGGGGACGGAGGAUGAUCAAGAGGGCGGCGACAUUGACCGCCGCGGCGGCGGCAGGGACGACGUCGGUGGUUUCGGCCGCCUUCCGCAAAUCGUGUCGUUCAUUCCCCGUGGAAGCGUGCACCAGGUCCCCAGCCCCGAGCCUUCGCCUGGUCCGGAUUGGGGGGAAAGCGGGAUGGUGGAGAUAGAGGACGACGACAACGACGACGACGACGACGAUUCUUCCGAUGACAGUAGCGACUCCGACGAUUCUCUGGAGUAG